AUGACUAAAUUUUCCGAAAUCGAUAGACUAGCUAUUUCAACAAUUAGAUUAUUAGCAGUUGAUGAAGUUUCUACCGCAAACUCUGGUCAUCCAGGUGCUCCAUUAGGUUUGGCUCCAGCUGCUCACGUCUUGUUCAGACAACUGAAAUUCAACCCAAAAAACCCAGAAUGGAUUAACAGGGAUAGAUUUGUUUUGUCUAAUGGUCAUGCUGUUGCCUUAUUAUAUGCCAUGUUAUACCUAUCUGGUUAUGAUUUCACAUUAGAUGAUCUAAAAAAAUUUAGACAAUUGGGUUCUAAAACUCCAGGUCAUCCUGAAUUUGAAUUACCGGGAGUUGAAGUCACUACAGGUCCAUUAGGCCAAGGUAUUUGUAACGCUGUUGGUUUAGCCAUCGCUCAAGCCAAUUUUGCUGCCAAAUACAACAAACCAGGAUAUACAUUAAGUGACAGCUACACUUUUGCCUUUUUGGGUGACGGUUGUUUGCAGGAAGGUGUUUCCUCUGAAGCUUCUUCUUUGGCAGGCCAUUUACAAUUGGGCAAUUUAAUUGCUAUUCAUGAUGAUAACAAAAUCACCAUUGAUGGUCCUACCAGCUAUUCCUUUACUGAAGAUGUUGCUAAAAGGUAUGAAAGUUAUGGAUGGGAAGUUUUGUACGUUGAAAAUGGUGAUUCUAAUUUAGAAGCUAUUGCUGAAGCUUUAGAACAAGCCAAACAAUCUAAAAAUAAACCAACUUUGAUUCAGCUACGUACCACCAUCGGGUUUGGUUCUUUAAAUGAGGGUACUUCCUCUGUUCACGGUUCUCCAUUGAAACCUGAUGAUGUGAAGCAAUUGAAAAAGAGCUUUGGUUUCAACCCAGAGGAGUCCUUCGUUGUUCCACAAGAAGUCUACGAUUUUUAUAAUAAGUCCAUUAUUGAACCAGGUACAAAAGCUAACCAAGAAUGGGAUGCUCUAUUUGCCAAAUAUUCUAGCAACUUCCCAGAGUUGGGUGCUGAAGUUUCCAGAAGAUUGGAAGGAAAGUUACCAAGUGGAUGGGAAAGUGCUUUACCAACUUAUACUCCAGGUGACAGUGCUGUUGCUUCUAGAAAAUUAAGUGAAAUAGUUUUGAGUAAAAUUUUCGAUAAUAUUCCCGAAUUAAUUGGUGGUUCUGCCGAUUUAAGUCCUUCCAAUUUGACCAGAGUCAGCGAUGCUGUUGAUUUCCAACCAAAGUCUACCGGUUUGGGUGAUUACAGUGGUAGAUAUAUCAGAUAUGGUGUUAGAGAACAUGGUAUGGGUGCUAUUAUGAAUGGUAUUUCUGCUUUUGGUGCCAACUUCAGACCAUAUGGUGGUACCUUUUUAAAUUUUGUCUCAUAUGCUGCUGGUGCCGUCAGAUUGGCUGCUUUGAGUGGGCACCCAGUUAUUUGGGUUGCCACUCAUGAUUCCAUUGGUUUGGGUGAAGAUGGUCCAACCCAUCAACCUAUUGAAACGCUGGCUCAUUUUAGAGCCUUGCCAAACAUUCAAGUUUGGAGACCAGCUGAUGGUAACGAAGUUUCUGCUGCUUAUAAAGUUGCUUUAGAAUCAAAACAUACCCCAUCUAUUAUUGCCCUUUCUAGACAAAACUUACCUCAAUUGGAAGGUUCCUCCAUUGAAAAGGCUGCUAAGGGGGGUUACGUUUUGAAGAAUCCUAGUGGUGCUGCCCCAGACUUGAUUUUAGUUUCUACUGGGUCUGAAGUUGGUAUUGUUGUUGAGGCAGCCAAAAAAUUAGAAAGUACUAAAUCUUUGAAAGUUCGUGUCGUUUCUUUACCAGAUUUCCAUACUUUUGGUUUACAAUCUAAGGAAUACAAAUUGAGUGUUUUCCCAGACGGUGUUCCAAUUUUGAGUGUUGAAGUUUUAAGCACUUUUGGUUGGUCUAAAUAUGCACAUGAAUCUUUUGGUUUGGACAGAUUUGGUGCUUCUGGUAAAGGUCCUGCCAUUUACGAACAUUUUGGGUUUACUCCAUCCGGCAUUGCUGAAAAGGCUGAAAAGGUUGUUGCCUUUUACAAGGGUAAGAAGAUUAUUUCUCCAGUUAACAAGGCUUUGUAA